AUGACCAAGGUCAUGGGCGAAGGCUCGCUCACAAAGUGCGCUGGCUGCUGGUCGUACCUCUCGGAGCAGAGGAACCCAUCCCUUCAAAUCCUUUACAUGUUCUUUAUUACAGGAUCAAUUGGGACAUUCAUGGUAUGCGGAUUCGAUCUCCUGGAUGCAACAAACCUAGCCCCGAUUCACAAGCAGUUCGUGAUCCCCGCCAUGAUUGCGUUCACAUAUGCCUGCUUUUUUAUCGCCUCGGCUAUCGGACCUGGUGAAGUCAAUACCCGGAAUGUGAGGCGCGCCCUGGACGUGUACCCCUACGACCAUCUUUUAUUCGACCCCAAGAAGUGCGGAACAUGCAAGAUUCAAAAUGCCGUCCAGGUGUGCUGGUAUGGCACAUUCCUCAUCUACAAGAUCUUUUGCUCCAGGAUGUACGACUCGCCCAUGUACAGGUUCCUUCUCCACACCGGCCGUUGGGAGCAGCUUGGCUUUAUGAAGGACUACCACAUCUUUAUUUAUCAAAUGCAGACGGACAAGUCACUGGGCGCACUGGGAGUGUUUGCAUCACUGGCAGGAUUGGUCAUCUUCAUCUUCCUACUCUACAACAUAUAUCUGAUUGCUACAGGUGUGACCACCAACGAGACGUUCAAGUGGGAGGACAUUGGCGAGAUGAUCGACAGGAAAGAGCUGGUCGAGGUGAUCGAGACCGACGCGGCUGGGAAGCAGAUUGGACCCAAGCGGUAUGAGCAGCGCGAUCGCCGCCACCCAAGUCAUCCUCGCUAUGUUGGUCCACCAGUUCAGGAAGAACCUAGCCCGAAGCUAGCCCAAUCGUCGAGGCCCGUUAUCGAGGUCGAGAAGGUGGUCGGCAAGAUGAGGGAGAUUGACAAUAUCUAUGACCGAGGGGUUGUUGCCAAUAUCAAGUCGAUCAUCUUCCCGCCCAAUCUCGACAAGCCAAUUGCUAAGCCCUUGUCAAUCGCCAGUAAGGUGGCCAAGAGUGCCAGCAUGAGCCCCGUCUCUGUUGAAUCAUUUCCUCUCCUCGCACCACAUCACGUCACUUUGGAGUCCAACACCACCAUCACCAACAGCAGCAGCACGGACUCUGAUGACCCUUCCCAAGGCUCAACAGCCACCACUUCCACCAUCACAUCUGCCGCUCUGCCACACACAACCUCGCCCAACAACGACCUAACAACUAUCCGUACACCCACCCCGGCCCUGAGCGAGAACAAGAACAAUAACACCAUUGACGCUUCUUCCUCCAGCGAGCCUUCCUCGUCGUCUAUCAAGAAGGAACCCUCGCCACCAAUACCAGUAACAGCAGCCGCAAUACCAUCUCCUCCACCUGCCGACACUCAAACAGUACCCGACAGCGAUCACGCCCGUACCAUUAGCAAGGACACACCAAAUGCGACGCUGGAGCACAUUCUUGCGCAGCUGAAGGAACAACCCGAGCGAGCUAUCACUAUCGCCUCCGUCGUGGGCGGUCUAAUUGUUGUCCGGUAUAUCCUGCCUCGAAUCGGCUGGGCUACCUUCUUUGUCGGGGUGUUGGGAAUGGGCUUUGGCGGUUUUAUUGUUGCCUUUUAUCUCCUCGCAGUUCCAGAGGCGACACGGCUCAAGCGCGCUUCGUCAGUCGCAAAGUUUGGCAGACACCAUGACCAGCGCUUCGAGAUAGUGGAUGGCGUUCCUUCAUGGUCAGAGAGCCACGAAAAACUCCUGACCAUCACGCCUUUGCCAGAGGCUAAAGACUCUGACCUUCAGCAUGUCACCAUCUCACCCGAUAUUGAUCCAAUGGUGGAGGACAUGAUCUCGUACGCUCUGCGAGACUUUGUGAAUGUUCCCGUCGGCCUUGUUUCUGAGGGGCAGCAUAAUGUCCCUUUGCGAGCAUCCAUGGUCGCCAUGGCCAUGAACCUUACCAGCAGAUUCUCCAACGUGCGCCUUCCAGAGACCGCGCUUUUGGCUGUCUUUGGCCUGCAAAACAAUUUUAUUGUCCACUUGCGUGCAUACCGCGAACUACGUGCUAGCCGACUGCCGAUUGAAACCUAUGUAGCAGCGCACGCCAACCCGGAUUCGGUCAUUGGCCGAUGCUAUCACAAGGAGGAACGGCAGAAGCAACUCAGGAGCACUGCCAAAGCCAUUUGCCAGGCACUACUCCCCAAGGGCGACCAGCAAUCCAAGGCCCUGUUUGCAGUCAUGCAGGAGAUCAUGGCAUCCCAUGUCCUUGAGUCGACACUCGAUUACGUCUGCGACCCCGACUUUAUCAACCUCUCCAUCAUCGACUACUUCACCACUUCGGCUACUGAGCAAAAGGACGGGGCAGCGGCAUCCGAGGCAGCACGGUCUACUACGCGGGAAGCCAAACUGGAGGAGGCGCCCAUCAGCUCCCUUGCUGACUCUAUCCUGAUGAACGCCGCCCACUUGAUGGACAAGACUUCUCGCGACCCUCAGGAGUCAGGACCAGCUAUUCAGAAGCCAACGCCACAGCAUACCAUACCCUUCUUGGACACAUCAGUAGCCAGUAGGUCUCUUGAAGCUCCUCGGUCAGCCCAAGUGUCGACUCCUCGGUCAGCGUCUGUCGCCCAGGACAAGCAUUUUAUCGCCCAACCCAAGCCAUCUGUUUCCUUGAAAGACGUUCUCUCUCACAAGAACGAACACAUGGACAUUUAUCAAGAGUUCAUGGCCUACAUACAAGUUUGGGACGCUAUGGACUUGGUGCAGUUUUGGGUCAUGAUCGACAUUUUCCAUCGACAGAUCGAGCAGGGUACAUUCGCUAAUCCGGAGGACCUUCGACGGGAAGCCAACAAUAUCUUUGAGAGCUACUGUGGUCAGGAUCCGGAGCAGCAGGUGACGGGCAUUCGUGAUGCCAAGGGAGGCGCGGUGCUAAAGAACCUCAGGAAAAACAUUCGACCCAACCCAGCCUAUUGCUUUGCCGAGCCGCAGGAGUGGGCAAUGAGUGUUCUGGAUCAGCAGUACUGGGAGCCGUUCAAGAGUAAGCAGGAGAGGGAGACUGCCGCCAUCGAGACUCCGCAGAAGUCAGCAUCAGAGCCACCAGAGCAGCAGCAGCAUCCACAACAACUCGUGGACGAUGCUGCACCCCGGCCAUCCCUGGCAUCUAUGAGGAGCUCGUCUUCGUUGUCGUUGGCUGCUUCACCAAUUGAUAUCGAGAGCGUCGUGGAGCGUACAACACCAACACAACAGCCACCAUCGGUUCCAAAGCUUUCUGUUCAGGCGAUCAACUUGGCUGACAUGGUCAACCGUCGUCCCAAGACAUUGAUGUCCAACUCGGAUCUGAGCUACAUGGUCGAGGUCCAGACGCAUGCAGGACAAGGCUGGAUGGUGACGAGAACAUUCCAACAACUGGAGCAACUCCAACAGGCGCUCUUGCAGCAGUAUCCAGUCGUACAGCGGUCGAUUUUCCCGCGGUGGAGACUCCAGCCUAGCGACAAAGUCUGUCUCGGUCUCCAAAACUUUAUGCGGGCCAUGUUGGCGAUUCCCGAGGUCAGCGAGUCAAUGAGUUUGAGUUGGUUCUUGAGCAAGGAUUUCGACCAGUGCUCCGUCAGUGUUCAGGAAGCAGGACUCUUCCGCAACUCGAUGCCAUCCACUAGCAACCCUCUGGCCGAAUCUGGAAAGGCAAUCGGCUUGGCCGCCUCUCAAGGCGCCAAAACCGCUCUCCGUCAGGCGAGUGAGGCGUCAUUGUCGGCAGGAAGAUUCUUCAAGUCGAUCGGAGCAGCCGUGACGAAUGGAACCUCGGCAAGCAGCCCUCAAUUGACGCCCAUGUCGGAGGAGAAGAUUGCCAGGGGAUCAUUCGACAGUGUCAGGAGUUCAAGCAGCACGUUCACUUUGCCAGAGCGCCAACAACACAAUGCAGGACAGCAUAUGACACCAGGAUCGACACCAGUGCCGAACGGCUCUCAUUCGACACCAAUGUCUGGAACGGAAGGGCCAAGGAGCGACACCCCCUCACGGUUUUCGUCAUCUCUUCGCGACGAGGCUACCCAGUCCCCCAUUGCCACCAAUCCACCCGCUCAAGAAAUUUCUGCGCUCACCUCGCCCGUGCCUACCGCCGCAACAAGAAAGUCGGAUGCUUCAGGCUUUGAAAGUAGCCCCCACACUGGGUUUGGUAGUUUACCCAGCCCCAGCAAUACUCAGGAUUCACUGCCAGGUCAGGGCCGAUCAACCCCCACCCCAGUGUCUUUACCUGAGUCCACACCGACCAUUGCACCUACACCAUCUACAUCACCCUCUGUCACCACCCCCACGACAACGAGCGCCCCGACUGCAGGAGCUCCACCACUGCCCAAGAAGAAGAUGGCGCUCCUAUCAAACGACGAACUGGACCUGCUGAUUGAGACAUCCUUCACGGUCCUGGAGGAUAUUAUGGAUUUCUCAAAGGGCCAGUCCAUCCGCCGUAUGACAUUUGGAGUGCUUCGGGAACUGGUCCGCAAGUCAUAUCGCGUAGCGAUCAACCAGAGCUUCUCGACAUGGGUCGAACAAAGUACCAGCCACGAGAGUACUGUCGAUAUGGUACGGUGGAUGAAGGAGGAUCUGCUGUGGCCGAAUGGAGAGUGGCCUGUUGUUCCUCCUACCCCUGUGGCGGCAGCAGUGGCGGCUGGAAAUGAGGAUACGGCAGAGAAAGAUAUUAUCCGAAUGGGCGACGACAGCUAUGAGAUUGGGAGCGAUGGUAUUGCGGUCAAGGUCCAGCCCUCCAACAACAACAACAACAACAACAACAACAACAACAACAACAACAACAACAACAACAACAACAACAACAACAACAACAACAACACCUCCAGCAAAACGACAGACACAACAGCAGCAACAACAACGGUACCGGUGCCUGCAGCAAGGACAGAGAAGGAAAAGGAGGUGACGCGGGAGAAGGCACGAGAGUUGGUCAAAAUCAUGCUCCCUGGGUCCUUGGUCACUGUGCUCGGAAAGGAGGCUGUGCUUCGCGGUUUGGUUGAUGUCUUUGAGAUGAUGCAGAUCAAGGAGUUGAACCUGGGUCUUGCCCUCAGUGUCCUCGAGAUGACUGUGCGUUUGACCCUUUCUCGCUAG